GACAGCGUCACACAGAAAUAUUCUAUCUAAGCCAAAAACAAGCUUUCUCAUAUAAAAUGACAAAAUUAACGUGUAAUAAAGAAAUUUAGAUUGGUUGGUUCUUCAAAUCCUGUAUUAUGGUUCGGUGGAGGACAGGCGUUGUGCUGGCAAUGCUCUUCCUGAUGCCAGCUAUUUGUCAGCAAGGAUCGGAAGACAACGAAGACGAGGAAGACAAGUCGCAAGGAUCACCUGAUGAGGACGAAGAUGAAGACAAUGAGGAUACAAUUGAAGAUGAGCCAGAACCUGCUCCGAAGCCAGAGCUGCCAGUGCGGAGAGCGCCAAUGUACAACGUGAUAGCCACGAAGACCGUGCCAGUCACACGCACGACCAAGAGAAGACCGCUGGAGUGUUUUGUUUGUGCUUACAAACCGGAGACGCCCCUUCGAGCCUGCUUGGAUCCAAUUAAAUUUAGGGUGCACACUAUGACAUGUCACAACUUGGAUGACAAGUGUGUGACUUCGGUCAUAUCUAAGGGUAAUUCAUACGAGGCGAUUACACGCGGCUGUCGCUCGAGCUGUCUGGGUUCGCCGGAAACGACCUGUUGUGAGCUGGAUCGUUGUAACAACCAGGCCUUAGCCAUGCCAACGGUGGUCGCUCCAAGGGCGAUAGUAUCAGGAGACAGUUAUAGUAAGGCCUUGAAACUGCUUGCGACGCCGGUCCUUUUCUUUGUGACGAUACUCUUAUUGUUGCAAACCGUGGUGAAAGUAAACAUCGUGUGAAAUAAAUUCUACAAGUUAUUGAUACUUAGCACCCUGUUGAGUAAUUAUAAUCUCUUGUUUGUGACGUGUAUCUUUAAUAAGGAACAGUUCUGUUGAAUAUAUUGUAUUGUGAAA